GAGAGUGCUCAAGGCGUGAGCCUUCGCCCAACCAUGCCGCCCAUGUGUGUAUAUGUAUGUCUUGCGUAGGCCUAGCCCAAGAAGAACAUACCACUGGAAGCACACUUCCCCACUUCGAUGUGUCACGGACACCUGUUAACUUUAUUUGUGUAUUCAAAACUAAAGAGUGACCAAUUGUGAUAGGAAUCCAGGUCAGGACGAUGAUGCACGACCAAGACAAGCGCUACCCACCUCCGGAUUAUGUCCACCCCCCACCAAGUAUGAUAUCCGGACCUCCGCCAUCCACCACGGUGACCCUCAACACGGAUCCAACACCGGGAGCUCAUGUGACUGAAAUUCAUCUGGACAUUGGCUAUUUCAAGACGUUUCCGGGGAUCUUGAAGCUAAUUCAGAUGAUCUUUGGCAUCAUAUGCAUGGCUUGUUCAUCCCCCGCACGAGGAGAAAGAGGGUCAAGACACGGCAUUGGUCACAACCACUGGUUUCUGUUCGUAGUGGUCACAUGCUUCAUCAUCACCUUGCUGUGGAGCUUCUUCUACUUUCUGCAGAUGAGGAACACAAUUCGAGGCAACAUGCCAUUUAGUUGGCUAAAAGUGGAAUUAUACUACACUAUUUUGGCCACUAUUCUUUACUUUAUCGCAUUUAUUGUGAUCUUGGCGGGUUUCGGUGGGUGUGCGGGACGAAGUGGCUGCGAUGCCCGAAUCGCUGCAGGAGCUUUCGGUAUCUUCAACACAAUUGCCUAUGGACUUGGAGCCUACAUUCUGAAGAACGAUUAUGAUGCCACUCCUCCGGAAUUGCACGAGUUUGAGGCAGAAUCUGAUACCCAUCAUGGGCAUGAAGGAGAUGAAAAAUGGCAUAGUCUCCGUUUCAUAUCCAGACGAAAAACCAAGAUGCCGGUCACAGUGGAGCUCAAGUAUGAGAGCAUUAUCAACAAUUGGGGUGGACGAAUCAAGCUCAUAGAAUUGGUUCUGGCCAUGCUAUGCAUGUGUUGUUGUGCUCCGUCAUACACGUCCACUCAAACUUGGUUCCUCGUGGUUGUGGUAUUUUGCUUCCUGGGCACUAUCUUCUUCUCGCUUUUCUACUUAUGUCUGGACGUUUAUCUCAAAGGGGUCAAUAUCAAUUGGCUUCAAACGGAGUUUUGGUUCACUGCUCUGGCCACAUUCCUCUACUUCACUGCCUUCAUUGCUCAGCUUGUGGCCUUUGCCGGCGAAGUAGACGCCGUUUACCAGUAUUGGGUGGACGCGCAAGUGGCAGCCGGCGUGUUUGGUCUAUUCAAUGACGUUGCCUAUGGCGUUGGCACUUAUUUCUUGUAUUUGGAAUGGAAAGCGAAUCCAUCAGGUGUAAGCUCUGCUAUUCCCACGGUUUAAAUCUAACGCAUGGAUCUCAUUCGUUUUCACGUGGCCCAUUUGACCUGACCCGUCGAAUUGAAUGAUAAUCGCAACAACAACAACAACAACCAAGGUAGAGAGGAUGUGGCUCUCCCAAAUGAGCCUGUUAUCGCGAGCAGCUCUUCACCUCUAAAUCUCAAAGAUUUACGGCAGCAUCCUGUCGUUUCGCCCCAACUAAAUCUCAUUGUAUCAUAAAAGAGACACUUUUUAAUAAAGUCUACCAACACA